AUGCCUUCAUCUGAUGAGCAACCAGAUAACCUGUCACUCCUACUAGAAGCAAUCAACAACCAAUCUAUCCCGCACCUAGAGGGUAUCCUGCGGGACAUCGUCAAGCACAGCCCAGAAGGCCGCAAAAUCGCUUCAAGAUGGCUAUUAGCAGCGAAGAACGAUGUGAAAUCCGAGCCAGUUCCCCCCGUCUCUCCCACUGCUCCCGUCACUUCUGCCCUACGGACCAAGGAAGAGCCCAUCUCAAAGCCUAUGACCAGUGUCCCGAUGACAUUCCGUUUCAAAAACUGCAUCUACUGCCUGGAGGAUUUCGAAGUCACUCAAAACUCGGAGACAAGCUGCAAAUAUCAUGUUGAGCCCGACAUGGUCGACGAGGAGUAUUUCAAGGACGAAAUUGCCGCUGGGAUUGAUGUUCACAAUGAUGAAUAUCGUGAGGCUUGGCCGGACGGGUUUUUCUAUCCUUGCUGUGGAAUGAAUUUGACUGAGGAGAUGUGUCAGGUUGGUUGGCACAAGGCUGCGGACCCUGAUGAUCGUCCUCGCAAGCGAACUCGGAGUGAGUAA